GUCACGAGGUUAUGCUGAGUCGAGUCGAGUCCAGUCACGAGGUUAUGCAGAGUUGAGUCCAGUCACAAAGUUAUGUCGAGUCACGUCGGAUCAAGUCACGAGAUUACGUCAAGUUGAGUCCAGUCGAGUCACGAGGUUAUUUGGAGUCCAGUUGAGUCACGAGGUUAUGUGGAGUCCAGUCGAGUCACGAUGUUAUAUCGAGUCCAGUCGAUUCACAAGGUUAUGCCGAGUCGAGUCCAGUCACGAAGUUAUGUUGAGACGCGUUGAAUCGAGUCACAAUGUUAUGUCGAGUCCAGUCAAGUCAGGAGGUCGUGCCGAGUCUAGUCAGGAGGUCGUGUCGAGUCGAGUCAGGAGGUCGUGUCGAGUCGAGUCAGGAGGAUGUGCCGAGUCGGGUCGAGUCAUGAGGUCAUGCCUAGUCGAGUCAGGACGUCAUGCCUAGUCGAGUGGAGGUCAUGUCGAGUCGAGUCAGGAGGUCAUGUCUAGUCGAGUCACAGGGUUAUGCCGAGUUGAGUCACAGGGUUAUGCCGAGUCGAAUCACUGGGUUAUGUCACAAGGUUAUGUCGAGUCACGAGGUUAUGUCCAGUCGAGUCCAGUCGAGUCACGAGGUUAUGCCGAGUCCAGUCGAGUCACGAGGUUAUGCCAAGUUGAGUCCAGUCACGAAGUUAUGUCGAGUCGUAUCGAAUCGCGUCACGAGGUUGUGUCGAGUCCAGUCGAGUCACGAGGUUAUGCCGAGUCGGGUCCAGCCCAGUCACGAGGUUAUGCCGAGUCGAGUCGAGUCACGAGGUUAUGACGAGUCCAGUCAUGAGGUUAUGUCGAGUCCAGUCGAGUCACGAGGUUAUGCUGAGUCGAGUCGAGUCCAGUCACGAGGUUAUGCAGAGUUGAGUCCAGUCACAAAGUUAUGUCGAGUCACGUCGGAUCAAGUCACGAGAUUACGUCAAGUUGAGUCCAGUCGAGUCACGAGGUUAUUUGGAGUCCAGAUGAGUCACGAGGUUAUGUGGAGUCCAGUCGAGUCACGAUGUUAUAUCGAGUCCAGUCGAUUCACAAGGUUAUGCCGAGUCGAGUCCAGUCACGAAGUUAUGUUGAGACGCGUUGAAUCGAGUCACAAUGUUAUGUCGAGUCCAGUCAAGUCAGGAGGUCGUGCCGAGUCGAGUCAGGAGGUCGUGUCGAGUCGAGUCAGGAGGAUGUGCCGAGUCGAGUCGAGUCAUGAGGUCAUGCCUAGUCGAGUCAGGAGGUCAUGUCUAGUCGAGUCACAGGGUUAUGCCGAGUCGUAUCACUGGGUUAUGUCACAAGGUUAUGUCGAGUCACGAGGUUAUGUCCAGUCGAGUCCAGUCGAGUCACGAGGUUAUGCCGAGUCCAGUCGAGUCACGAGGUUAUGCCAAGUUGAGUCCAGUCACGAAGUUAUGUCGAGUCGUAUUGAAUCGAGUCACGAGGUUGUGUCGAGUCCAGUCGAUUCACAAGGUUAUGCCGAGUCGAGUCCAGUCCAGUCACGAGGUUAUGCCGAGUCGAGUCGAGUCACGAGGUUAUGAGGAGUCCAGUCGAGUCACAAGGUUAUGCCGAGUCCAGUCAAGUCACGAGGUUAUGCCGAGUUGAGUCCAGUCACGAAGUUAUGUCGCGUCACACCGAAUCGAGUCACGAGGUUAUGUCGAGUCCAGUCGAGUCACGAGGUUAUGCCGAGUCGAGUCCAGUCACGAUGUUAUGUCGAGUCCAGUCGAGUCACGAGGUUAUAUCGAGUCCAGUCGAGUCACCGAGUUAUGUCGAUUCGCGUCCAGUUGAGUCACGAGGUUGUGUCGAGUCGAGUCGAAUCGAGUCACGAGGUUCUGUCGAGUCGGGUCACGAGUUUAUGCCGAGUCGAGCCGAGUCACAAGGUUGUCAAGGCCUAUACCAUUGUUCCCCAGCCCACCCACAAAGCACUCAGGUUUCUCUUUGCGGGAAACUUUAUUGUCAAUGUAAGUCAAUGUAAAAAAAAAAUCCUAUGCGGUAUAGUCUGGAAUAAAUUCGGACCGGAUAUUUGGAACAAUCAAUCUAGUGUAGGGAUGUCCCGGUUGCAUUUUUUUUUUUUUUUUUUUUUUGCAUUUGUGUCCGAGUCACCUGAUUUUAAGAAUCUGCCGAUACAGAAUCCCGA